AUGAAGCUUCUCCUGGGACUGACUCUAGCUUGUAUUUUGGCCAUGUGCCAGUGCUUUGAAGAAUCGAUCGGUGAGUUGAAAGUACUGAGAAACGCCAGAGUGGUCCCUAGAGUUGUGACAGCAAGGGGGAUCUUGAAGGUUCCUCUCAGGGACCUCCUUACCCCCUCCAGCAAUAUUUAUUAAAUACGUCUUUCUCUUUUCAAAAAUCUACAAAAAAAUGGAAAAAAAGCCAUAUAGGGACCCCUUCUUAUAGGAACCACUCAAAUUUUCAGGGAGUACUAUUUUUUUCUCGGACCCCUCAAGGGAUCACUCUGGCAUUCCUAAGUGGAACGGAAUAAAAAUAAUUAAUCGAGACUUUUCAGAGUCGACCACGCUGAGCAAUCUCGCCAACCUCAAAAGUAAAUGAGCCAAUAAUUAAUUCAUACACUGUUCACCCAGUAAACGACGUCUUCGAAGAGAAGUUCCUGGACGCGCUCCAAGAAGGAGUCCUCGCCGGGAUUCCGACGGCACGUCAAUGGAACAACCGAUGGUACGACUACUUCCUCGCGAUCGUCAAUCCCCGGUACACGAGAGAGGAGAAGGUCGUCUUUUUGACCGGAACGAUGGAAAGAGAGGUUUUCUUUCAAGUGUUUUUUUGGCAUUAAUUAGAAAAAUUCCAAUGAUCAAAAAGAGCCUUUUUUAAAGUUCUGAGUGCACGAAAGCGGAAAAAAAUAAUUUUUUUAUUGACUGGAACAGUGUAAAAAGAGAUUCUUUAGCUUUAUUUCAAGUUUUUUUGUUUUAUUUAUCGAUUUUUUUCUAAAAAGAAUAUGAAUUUUUUUUGUCCCGAUGUAGGCUGAGCUUUUUCUUCUCUCAAUUUAACUCAGAAUUCAUAAAAAUCAACGUAUGAAUCAGCUUGAAAGUCUUUUCAUGAGUUUUUGACGGGUUAGAAAAUUUUAAUGACCUCAAUUAUCACUGGAAACGGUUUUUCGCCUCGAGACCUUUAUAAAAUUUUCUCAAACACCUUACAAGGGAAGUCAUUUAUUUUUUGGUUGGGGACUUAUUGAAAUUUGAUUAGAACACUCACUUGUGUACCAGAACAAGAUCCUGGAAGUUUCAACCUUCAAAACUUCCUCAUUUUUGAGAAAGUAGGGCUCGAAGCCCCAAAAUGCCUCAUUUUAAAGAUUUUUUUUUGAAUUAGAAGGUGUCUUUCUCCAAAAAUAGGAAAUUGUGCAGGUUGAGACUUACAGAAUUUUCAUAUGGUACAUCAAAAAAUGUCCUGAUCAAACUUCAGAAAAAUACCAACUUUAAAUUAAUAUGACCUCCUUUGUCAGAAAGGAUUUGCUAGGCUUCUGAAUAGGUUCCUAAAAAUCAUUUUCAGCACGCUGAACAAGUGGUUGACUUCUUCGCCUACGUCGUUAAUUUGUAA